UGUAGUUCGCAGAAAAACAUCUCUUAGGAAGAGCUCAGCCAUGGACAGUUCAUUUGAGAACCACACCCUGUGUUACUCAGUCAUAGGAUUCAUCAAUAAGCUGUACCUCUCUGUUUUAUAACCUUUUUGAAUCAUCCUUUCCCAUACAGAUUCAGAUUCCAUCAUUCUUUUUUUGUGAUCAUAUUUUAGCAGCACUUUGCAUCAAUUUACCUAAUGGUUUUUAUAGCACCUCCUCGCCAGAUGUCAACUGGGAAUGUUCCUGGCUCUUCUAGAGACAGCAUGAUGAUCUAUCUCCUUGCUGGUGUUGCUGCUUUUGGUGGUUUAUUUUAUGCCUACAGAGCAGUCAGUUCAUCACGCAGCAAAUAUAUUGAACACACAAAUGCUCUUCGUGAGAGAGACGAGGAGCAGAAAAGCAAUCUUUGGUCCAGGAAGGAAGGUGAUGGAGAAGAGGUGGAUGAAGUCCCUGAAGCAGAGAAGGCCAUGGAAGAGGCCGAUGCAGGAGCUGCUGGUGAACCUGCAGCACAGGAUGAGAGUGCUGGACCCACAGCACAGGAUGACAGUGCUGGGGCAUCCCCAGAAGCUGGAGGGGAGGAUGACUCACUGCCUCCAGAGGGAUCCCAUGCUGUGGAGGAAGCACAGCAGGAAGCUGCUGCUGAUUCAGAAGCUGCUGCUAAUUCAGAAGCUGCUGCUGAUUUGGAACUUGCUGCUAAUUCAGAAGCUGCUGCAGUUCAAGGUUAA